AUGUCAUCAAUCCAAGAAUAUAAUUUCCAAUCAUGGCUUCCAAACACCCCUUCCACCUCCUCCGAGUCCCCAUCCCUGUCCUCAUCCAGCCACGAACUCGACACGCUCUCCGGCGACCCGGGCUUCGACAACAUUAAAUUCCACUCCACCAUCUCCUCCUCCUCCCUAAAACCGCCACCUUUCACCGUCAACUCCGUCAAAACCGACACCCCACAAAUAAGCUUCCUUGCCGCCCGCGGCCCAAUCCUCUACGCGGCCACCGCCCGUGAAGUCUCCCUCUACGACCUCCAAACCCUAACCCUCAUCGGGUCCCUCGGCCCUUCCUCGGCUCUCGCCAAGUCCAUCGCCUUCGGCCGCCGCCGCCGCAUCUUCACCGCCCACCUCGACUGCAAAAUCCGCAUCUGGCGGCGGACCUCCGACGACCACCACCGUCACCACCUCGUCUCCACCCUCCCGACUCUCCAGGACCGCAUUUUCUGGUGCCUUAUUCCGGGGAGCUACGUUCGGGUCCGACGGCACGAGCGGCGGCUAUGGGUCGAGCACGCGGAUGCCGUCUCGUCCCUAGCCGUCGACGACUCGUCCGGGCUCGUCUACUCCGCCUCGUGGGACCGGAGCUUCAAGACUUGGGACGGGUCGCGGUGUGUGGGGUCCGUGCGGGCCCAUGCGGACGCGGUCAAUGCGGUCCUCGUGGGCCCGGCGGGCCGGACGGUUUACACGGGCUCGGCGGACGGGCAGAUACGGGUCUGGUCGGCGGCGGCGGGCCGGCGGCACCACCACCGGCUGGUGGCGACUCUUGAAAAGCACGAGUCAAGUGUGAACGCGUUGGCUCUAACGGGGGACGGGUCGGGUUUUUGCUCGGGCGGAGGGGACGGGUCGAUUCUCGUUUGGGAGAGGGAAAACGAAGACGACGAGGAGGACACGUGUGAUUUUUUCGUAGCGUGUUGGUUGAAAGGUCAUAAAGGGGCGGUGUUGUGUUUGGCGCAGGCGAACGGGGUGUUGAUAAGCGGGUCGUCGGAUCGGACGGUGCGAGUUUGGGGGAUCCGGGCGGGAGGGUACAAGGGGUGUUUGGUAAUAUUGGAAGGGCACGUGAAGCCCGUGAAGUCGUUGGUUGCGGUUCCAGAUGAUGACGAGGACAGUUUGGAUGAGGGUUUAUCGGUGUCGGUAUUCAGUGGGAGUUUGGAUGGGGAAAUCAGGGCGUGGAAAAUUAGUAUUAGAUCACUGAUUGGCUGUGAUUGA